GCCCCCUUCUCUUAGGCGCUGGUUGCCAAAACAAAAUGGACGCCGCCGAAGCCGCUCCCGAGACUGAAGCCGCUCCGGUCGCCGUUUCCGGGGCUCCUGCGUCCUCUGCCAGCCCCGAGGGGGACGAGGAGCCCUCCACCUCCGCCGCCUUCGCCUCCUUGGCCUCUGCCUCGCCGCAGGAGCCCGGCUUGGACGAGAAGAAUGACCCGCCAUUUCAACUCAAGCCACCUCCGAAGGCAUCGAAAUCUGAAAAGGAGGUUGAUCCAGAAUAUGAAGAGAAGAUGAAAACGGACCGAGCAAAAAGAUUUGAAUUCCUGCUGAAGCAGACAGAACUCUUUGCUCAUUUCAUUCAACCCGCAGCACAGAAAUCACCAACAUCUCCCUUGAAAGUGAAACUUGGACGGCCGCGGAUAAAGAAGGAUGAAAAGCAGUGUUUGCUUUCUGCUGGAGAUUAUCGCCACAGGCGCACAGAGCAAGAGGAGGAUGAAGAACUCCUUUCUGAGAGUCGAAAAACCUCAAACGUGUGUGUUAGAUUUGAGGAAUCUCCUUCAUAUGUAAAAGGAGGAACUUUACGUGAUUAUCAGGUUAGGGGCUUGAACUGGAUGAUCUCCUUAUAUGAAAAUGGUGUGAAUGGAAUUCUGGCAGAUGAAAUGGGACUUGGAAAGACACUGCAAACUAUUGCAUUGCUGGGCUACCUGAAGCAUUACCGAAACAUUCCCGGUCCACACAUGGUUCUGGUUCCAAAAUCGACAUUGCACAACUGGAUGAAUGAAUUUAAACGCUGGGUUCCAUCACUGCGUGCUGUAUGUCUCAUUGGGGACAAGGAUGCUAGAGCUGCUUUCAUCCGUGAUGUUAUGAUGCCUGGAGAAUGGGAUGUCUGUGUGACCUCCUACGAAAUGGUGAUUAAAGAGAAGUCUGUCUUCAAAAAAUUUAACUGGCGAUAUCUGGUGAUUGAUGAAGCCCACCGUAUAAAGAAUGAAAAAUCUAAGCUAUCCGAGAUUGUACGCGAGUUCAAGACAACCAAUCGGUUGCUAUUGACAGGAACUCCCUUACAGAACAAUCUCCAUGAGCUGUGGGCAUUGCUCAAUUUCCUUUUACCCGACGUCUUCAAUUCUGCAGAGGAUUUUGACUCAUGGUUUGACACUAAAAAUUGUCUUGGCGAUCAAAAACUUGUGGAGAGACUCCAUGCAGUUUUAAAGCCAUUCUUGUUGCGGCGGAUAAAAGCUGAAGUGGAGAAGAGCCUGCCUCCUAAAAAAGAAGUGAAAAUUUAUCUGGGACUCAGCAAAAUGCAGAGGGAAUGGUAUACUAAAAUUCUGAUGAAAGAUAUUGACAUCCUGAAUUCAGCCGGGAAAAUGGAUAAGAUGCGAUUGUUGAACAUCCUGAUGCAGCUGCGAAAGUGUUGUAACCAUCCAUACCUGUUUGAUGGUGCUGAACCUGGCCCUCCGUACACCACUGACACUCAUCUUGUGACUAACAGUGGUAAAAUGGUUGCUCUGGAUAAAUUGUUAUCAAAACUCAAAGAACAGGGUUCUAGAGUUCUCGUUUUUAGCCAGAUGACCCGUUUAUUGGAUAUACUGGAAGAUUAUUGCAUGUGGCGGGGUUAUGAGUAUUGUCGGUUGGAUGGGCAAACCCCACACGAGGAGAGAGAGGAAGCAAUAGACACAUUUAAUGCUCCCAACAGCAGAAAGUUUGUUUUUAUGUUGAGUACAAGAGCUGGAGGUUUGGGGAUUAAUCUAGCAACAGCUGAUGUUGUUAUCUUGUACGAUUCUGAUUGGAACCCACAAGUUGAUCUGCAAGCCAUGGAUCGUGCGCAUCGUAUUGGCCAGAAGAAACCAGUACGGGUAUUCCGACUCAUCACUGACAACACUGUGGAAGAGAGAAUUGUAGAGAGAGCCGAAAUAAAACUGAGGCUGGACUCAAUAGUUAUACAGCAAGGGAGACUAAUUGAUCAGCAAUCUAACAAACUGGCAAAAGAUGAAAUGCUGCAGAUGAUCCGACACGGAGCGACCCAUGUAUUUGCUUCCAAGGACAGUGAAUUGACCGAUGAAGAUAUUACCACUAUUUUAGAAAGAGGUGAAAAAAAGACGGCUGAAAUGAAUGAACGUUUGCAAAAAAUGGGCGAGAGCUCUCUUCGAAACUUCACUAUGGAUACAGAAAUGAGUUUGUACAAUUUUGAAGGAGAAGAUUAUAGAGGGAAGCAAAAGCUGAGCAUGAUGGAAUGGAUUGAACCUCCGAAACGAGAGCGUAAAGCCAACUAUGCUGUGGAUGCCUAUUUCCGAGAAGCUCUCCGUGUCAGUGAGCCAAAAAUUCCAAAGGCCCCACGACCUCCGAAACAGCCAAAUAUUCAAGAUUUCCAGUUCUUUCCGCCACGGCUAUUUGAACUUCUUGAAAAAGAGAUUCUUUAUUAUCGCAAGACUAUAGGCUACAAGGUCCCUAGGAAUCCUGAGCUCCCCAAUGCAGCUCAGGUUCAGAAAGAGGAACAGCGGAAGAUUGAUGAGUCGGCGCCUCUUAGUGCAGAAGAGGCUGAAGAGAAGGAGAAACUUCUCACCCAGGGUUUUACAAACUGGAACAAGAGAGACUUCAACCAGUUUAUUAAAGCCAAUGAAAAAUACGGACGCGAUGACAUAGAUAAUAUUGCCCGCGAGGUGGAAGGAAAGUCACCUGAAGAAGUUAUUGAGUAUUCAGCUGUAUUUUGGGAACGUUGCAAUGAACUUCAGGAUAUUGAGAGGAUCAUGGCUCAGAUUGAACGCGGGGAAGCCAGAAUACAGAGGAGGAUUAGCAUCAAAAAAGCCCUGGAUGUCAAAAUUGCAAGAUAUAAAGCCCCCUUUCAUCAGCUGCGUAUUCAGUAUGGCACAAACAAAGGCAAAAACUACACAGAAGAAGAAGACAGAUUCUUGAUAUGCAUGCUACACAAAAUGGGGUUUGACAAAGAAAAUGUGUACGAAGAGCUAAGACAGUGUGUACGCAAUGCACCCCAGUUUCGAUUUGACUGGUUUAUCAAGUCUAGAACAGCCAUGGAACUCCAGAGACGCUGCAAUACGCUCAUAUCCCUGAUUGAAAAAGAAAAUAUGGAGAUCGAGGAAAAAGAAAAAGCAGAAAAGAAGAAACGAGGAACAAAAACUCCAAUGUCGCAGAAAAGGAAAGCGGAUUCUGCUGCAGAGAGCUCUGGAAAAAAGGAUGCCAAGAAAGUGAAAACGUAAAACUGGAGGGGAAAGCACUUAAUUUAAAACUGCCAUACUGCCCUCUCUGUCUGCCAAUGUUAUUGACGUCUUCUCCGUAUUCAUCCCCCCAACCUCCAUGGUUUUAGUUUGUGCAAACCUUGUAUAUUUUACAACACCUUUCUUUACCUGCUACGUAGUUUUCAUAUUUUAUGCAUUCCGGCAUUUUUGUGCACUUGUAUUCUGUGGGGCUUUUUUAAAAAACGUCUCCUGCAAAAAUUUACUCAGUCCUAGUUCUUCUGACGCUUGUGCUGAGUUUGUAGCUUUUGUAUGUUUUAUAUGCACCUGCUUUGACAAAAAUAAUAAUGAUUCCCCUUUAUCUUCUACGUUUAUUAUUGUUGUUUGCUACUUUAUUUGAUCGUGGAAACCGACUGAAUUAAAGUGACUGGAGGAAAAAUA